AACAUCUCUUUUCCUGCAGGUUGCAUUUCUAAAUUUGUCUAUUUUUUAUUAUAGAGAGUAAAACUGACCUUUAAACGGAACUUGACUCAUGCUUCGCCAUAGUAGCGCUCUGGUGGACCUGCUCCCCUGUGGCCAUGAGUUCUUCUGACUCCUGCUGAUCAGCAGUUUCUUCAGUAAUAGCUCUCAUCUUCCAAAACUUGAUGCGGAUGGAAAUGAAUGUUUCCCAGGUGACAUAUUUCACUCUAAGUGCCUACUUUGAUAUUGGCCUAUUUAAGUACGCCAUUUUCUUUUUCCUCAUGUGUGUUUAUAUUUUUAUCCUGUCUUCUAACAUCCUGCUAAUCGUGGUGAUCUGUGUGAACAGGAGCUUACAUGAACCCAUGUACAUGUUUCUCUGUAGCCUGUUUGUCAAUGAACUGUAUGGAAGCACCUCACUGUUUCCCUUCCUGCUUGUUCAGAUCCUUUCUGACGUUCACACAGUUUCUGUUCCUCUCUGCUUCCUUCAGAUUUUCUGCCUCUACAUGUAUGUAAACGUGGAGUUCUAUAAUUUAGCUGUCAUGUCUUAUGACAGAUAUCUAUCAAUUUGUCACCCUCUGCAUUACAGCACCCAAAUGUCCUUUGACAUGGUGGUCAGGUUGACUGCAUUACUGUGGGUGCUGUCUGUUGUUGUGAUAGUUGUAAUGAUAACCUUUAACGCCUCAUCUGAUUUGUGUGGAAACAUUAUCGACAGAGUUUUCUGCGCAAACUAUUAUGUUGUGAAGUUGUCCUGCAGAGGUGCAACAGCCAGUAACAUCUAUGGACUGGUCUACACUUUCUCUGUGCUCUUUAGUCUCGCUGCGCUCAUCCUCUACACCUAUGUGAAAAUCCUGCAGGUCUGUUUUUCAGGAUCCAAGCAAACCCGACAGAAAGCCAUCAGCACCUGCACACCUCACCUGGUUUCCCUGCUGAACUUCUCCUUCGGUUCCUUCUUUGAAAUUUUUCAGAGCAGGUUUGACAUGAGCAGAGUCCCCAACGUCCUACGCAUUGUUCUAUCUUUAUACUUCAUCACCUUUCAGCCCGUUCUAAACCCCCUGCUGUAUGGACUCAAACUAAGUAAGAUCCGAAUCACAUGCAGAACUCUUUUAUUUAGUAAAAGAUAAACU